AUGCAGUUGUGGAUCGUUCUAGUCUUGAUCGCCUUUCCCCUGGCCACCCACGGCGACGUGCGGCACCUGGCUCAGGGCGAGGGCGAGAACGGGGGCGGAGGCGUGGAGCCGCCAAAGGAGCAGCAGGAUCCGUCCUCAGGAUUUUAUCCCUCGACAGGACUUCCGUUGCCGCCGGGCUAUGCCAUUCCCACGGGCGUUAAUCUCCCGCCAUCUCCGGCCCAGCCACCCAACUUUCCGCUGCCCAUUUAUCCGCCAUUCUUCGGCUUUGGCGGCGGGGAGCCGGGUCCAGGAUUGGUCCCAGGUCCCGGAGCUGUUCCUUCUGCCUAUCCCAAUGGUGUGGCCGGUGGUUUCCCCACAAAUGCCGCGAUUCAGCAGCCAGGAAUUGGUCCAUUCGGAGCACCAGAGGGAGCUGGUUUUCCUGGUCAGGGAGGAGGUUUUCCCGGACCAGUAGGAGCUUAUCCUGGUCAAGGAGCAGGCUUUCCACCCCAAGGAGCCGGUUUUCCUCCCCAAGGAGCAGGCUUUCCGACUCAAGGAGCUGGCUUUCCUCCCCAAGGAGUACCCUUCCCAGGUCAGGGAGCUUUUCCUGGACAGGGAGUGCCUUUCCCAGGACAGGGAGCGGCGUUUCCUCAAGGAGUACCAUUUCCCGGACAAGGAGCGCCCUUCCCCGGACAAGGAUCAGCCUUCCCACCACCAGAAUUCCUUUACAAUCAAGGUCUGCCCAUGACCAAUGCCCCCGGAAGCUUCCAACCACCCGGUUUCAAUGUCCCCGCUGGAUUUGGAGGACCCAUCGGUCCAGGACAGCAAUUCCCGCCCGGCUUCGGCGGUUCAGCUCCGCCCGGCUACUCCGACGAGCCGCAAAAGGACGAGGAAGCCCCCAAGCCGGUAGAGAUCAGUGUGGCGGCCGACGAUCCAAAAUCCGGAGCAGACACCCUUUAUGCCACCAACGGUGGCUAUGUCUACCAAAAAGCCAAAUGA